CAGCCGCUCAGAAACGAACCGCCAUGUUACCGAAGACUCACAAACUAGCAGUGGGAGAUGGAGCCAGGUGUUUGGCAGCAGCAGAGUGUUCAGGUGUAACUGUGCCGGUGAUGGGACAUGACGAGCAGCCGCAGAUGAAGGAUGAGGCGUGGAGGAUUUUGGGAAGAGGAGCACCCCACGACCUGCUCCCUCAAGAAUACCCCCACUGAUCUAGAGCAGCGCGAGAAAACAGAGGAAUGUUGACAGGAAGUGGAGGAAACUGCUUGUAUCUGGAAACACUUAGAAGUGAACACAAGAAGUCGUCUCUCAGGAGUGAAAAGAAGAGUGAAAUAUGAGCAGUGAGUACCAGCCACUGUCUUCAGCAGAAUCCUGCAAAAGUUUAUUCAUAGACGUGUCAGAGUGCUUUAUAUGCAGGGAUGUUGAACUUCGAGCCAGUGACCCACUGAGGAAUUUCUGUGACUGCAAGAAUUUACUUGCCCAUCACGUGUGUCUAUCCACAUGGAUCCAGAGGGGAUGUGGGAGCGCAGACAGGCUGCGAUGCAUCGUGUGCAAAGCCAAGUACCAGCUUCAGAGGAGAUCUCCAUGGCGAUCGGUGAGCGUCCAGUGGCAGACGUGGCUUGUGCUGAUCAUUGCGUUUGUUUUGCUGGGACUGGUGCCUUAUCUUGUUCAUUGCAUGAUGACCGCCUUCACCGACCCUCCUCCUCCCAGCACCUUUAAAGUGGCAGCAGCCUCUUUUGGUCUGCUAACAGAGAUCCUCCUGAUCAAGUGUCUGUCCAGUUACCUCAGCAGCCGUUACCGGCAGGCCGAGCAGAGCUCCUUCACAGUCCAGGCCAGAGGUUGUAAAGAGGACAGAACAAGCCUGGGCCCCUGGGAUCAGUCUGAGGCAGCUUCAGCAGCGGCAGGUCACGCUUCAUCAGCAGCCUCACCCAGUCAAGUGGAGGAGAGGAAAGUGGAUGUGGUGAAGAGUGGAUGUCUCUGCUUUUUCUAAACCUUCAACAGAAUGAGUUUACAGAAUAGAGGGUGAGAGUAAAUCCUUUGGGUAUUACAAUGUGUCUAACAGCCAUUUGAGAUAUCACAUCAGUUUAUCAGCGUGGCGUUUAUGAGAUCUUACACUUUAAAACCUAUUUUCAAGGUGUCAAACAUUCUUGUUUUCCUCUAUGUCAAACCCUUACACUCUUACUUUAUUCAGUGGAUAUAUUCUCACAUGUUGCAAAUUGAUGAUAAGGAAGAGAACGCACGCAGCUUGCAUGAGUGUGUUCAGGCUCCAAGAGAAAAAAAAGCCUGAAAUCACUCUCUUUCCUUAAUGAUGCCCACACAGAGACAAUGGGGCGCCGCUCUGAUUAGUGUCACCUGUCCUUGUGCAUCUCAUCAGCUCCAUUAUGGCUGCAUCUCCCAUGCCUCUUCUGCUAAUUGAAUAGCCUGUGAAGUGGUGACGAGGACGGGGGCGAGAGCAACGUCUGUGCCGCUGCUGCUUCAGAAAUGAGAGUAAAGCUUCCCAGUGAGACACUAGUUCUUAAAACAUAAACCGUUAUCAUACAGAUAGAAAAAGUGCUAACAAGUAGCCCUCAUGUUAUAUUACAAUCAUAUCGUCUACAGAUUAUGGUCAUAUACAACAGCUUUGAAUUAACAUCUACUGUAUGUUUUGGGGGAGAUGCAAUGCCGUAUUACACAUAUAUUCAGUUUAUCAGACAGAGCGUUCAUACUGGACGUAGCCAUAAGACAUACACUGAUUAACUGGCAACUAAAGUAUGGGUUAAUGUAUAGUUAAAGUUAGGAAACAGAACAUUUAAUUCAAGGAUAAAGCUGGCAUUAUUCUAUAGGGGCUUUUUCUUUGGUACUAUUUUCAGUUGCAAAUUAAUACACAUUUUAUGCUUUAUAACUUCCAGCAGCAGGAUGGUGUAUGUAGAAUUGAGUCAAAAUAAACUAUCACGGUAAUGCAGUUAUAUGUCAUCCAUGCAACAGUAUGGCUCCAGCAAUGUAGUAUUGUAAUUUCAUAAAACUGGGGGACUCAAAAAGAAAGGUCACGAUUGAUGCAGUAGUGGUAGAGAUAUCCUGAUCUUUUGUCUCUAGUAUGGGUUAUUCUCCAAAAACACUGGUUCCUACAUUUCCCUUCUACAUUUUAACUAAUAGCACCUUCUUGUUAGAACGUCCUUGCUCAGUAAAUGCUCAUUACUCCAGUUUGUAACACCGGCUUUCUGUUAUAAAGUUAUAGUCUACAAGCCCAAACUGAUUACCUUGAUGAGAUCAUCAUGGGUCAUUUUGUCAGACCUGACAGAGCUCCUCCAGAGCCACAGAGGACAUUAGACAACCGUUUUUACAGGAGUCUCCCUUUAAUGCAUAAUGGUUUUUUUUAUAAAUGUCUUUAUAAAUGUAUUCCAUAGGAAAAUGUCUUGUAUAUUAAGUAAUUAUAUUGAUUAAUAAAAUAAAAACUGAG